UAAAUAUACAUACAGGAUAUAUCCACAUCCGUACGAGACGACGGCUACUGUUUCCUGGUUGAUUAACCGGCUGCGCAAAUUAAGCAUAAGAGCAACCCGAGAACCCGUUAAGCACGCCUCAGACACUAUUGACCUAGCAGCUUAAUUAGCUGGUUGGCUACUUGGCUGCAGGCUAGUUUAUUCCAUCGCGCGCUCAUGACUAGAUCAUCUAGCCCCACUCCUUCCCCAGAAACCAAGACUCGAUCAAACAAACCAUCAAGCCUCUAUCUCUUGCGCUUUGAUAGAUCAAGACAAGAGAGAUCGCCGGACCGAUUAAUUUAAGAGUGUUCUUAAAUUAACCACCCGGCCGGAGACCAAUUCCGCACAAAGGAUACUUAAACGAGCCCGCGAUCGAGCCGAUCGAGCUGUGCCAAGCCAACUCGGACAAGUCCUCCCCACUGCCAGCCGGCCACCAAAAGCGCAGCUAGCUAGCCGGCGGUCGUCAGCAUGAUGAGGUGCCGGUUAUCGGCGUGCGUCCUCGUGAUCCUGCUCGCGGUGGCGGGGCAGGCGGCGGCGCGCAAGUACGCGGCCAUCUUCAACUUCGGGGACUCCCUCGUGGACGCCGGCAACCUCGUCGUGGAUGGCAUCCCGGAGUACCUCGCCACGGCCAAGCUGCCCUACGGCAUGACCUACUUCGGGUACCCCACCGGCCGCUGCUCCGACGGCCGCCUCGUCGUCGACUUCAUCGCGCAGGAGCUGGGGAUGCCGCUGCUGCCGCCGUCCAAGGCGCACAACGCGACGUUCCACCACGGCGCCAACUUCGCCAUCACGGGGGCCACGGCGCUUGACACGAGCUACUUCGUGGCCAAAGGGCUGGGCAAGACGGUGUGGAACUCCGGUUCGCUGCACACCCAGAUCAAGUGGCUGCAGGACAUGAAGGCCUCCAUCUGCAGCUCCCCAGAAGAGUGCAAGGACCUGUUCCGGCGGUCUCUGUUCAUCGUGGGCGAGUUCGGAGGGAACGACUACAACUCGCCGCUCUUCGCCUUCCAGCCGCUGGAAGAGGUGCACAAGUUCGUGCCAGACGUGGUCAACUCCAUCGGCGAGGGAAUCGAGAAGCUGAUCGCGGAGGGGGCGGUGGAGCUGGUGGUGCCGGGGGUGCUCCCGAUCGGGUGCUUCCCGGUGUACCUCUCCAUCUUCAAGAAGCAGCCGGAGAUGUACGGUCCCAGGAGCGGCUGCAUCAGGGACCUCAACACGCUCUCCUGGGUGCACAACGUGGCGCUGCAGCGGAAGAUCGCCGAACUCCGGAAGAAGCACGCCGGCGCCGGCGUGCGCAUCAUCUACGCCGACUACUACACCCCUGCCAUCCAGUUCGUCCUCCACGCCGAGAAAUGGGGAUUUCUGAGGCAGACGCCGAGGGCGUGCUGCGGGGCGCCGGGCGUGGGCGAGUACAACUUCAACCUGACGUCCAAGUGCGGCGACCCCGGGUCGUACGCGUGCGACGACCCGUCCAACCACUGGAGCUGGGACGGCAUCCACCUCACGGAGGCGUCCUACGGCCACAUCGCCAAGGGCUGGCUCUACGGGCCCUUCGCCGACCCGCCCAUCGUCGAGGCCCGGCACCACUAGCGCUUAAUUAGCAACGAAUUACUUGCUUGUUUGCGUACAUGCAUUGGUUAAUUUACCGUAGAGAAAGGAAGAGAAGUAAUUAAGUAAAGAAGAAGAAGAACAACAGGGCGUGUCUUGUGCAGAUCGAUCAAUUAAUUGGUUCGUUUUUCUGCUCUUUUAUUGA